AUGCAACAGAUGAAACGAAUAAAAGUUGAUAAUCCUAUUGUGGAAAUGGAUGGAGAUGAAAUGGCCCGAUUAAUGUGGAAAUGGAUAAAAGAAGCUCUAAUAUUUCCAUAUAUUGAUGUCCCAAUUAAAUAUUUUGAUUUAAGUAUACAAAAUCGCAAUGAUACAAAUGAUCAAAUAACAAUUAAAGCUUCAGAAGCUAUUAAAAAGUAUCAUGUGGGCAUAAAGUGCGCAACAAUUACUCCUGAUGAGAGCAGAGUCAAAGAAUUUGGCUUAAAACAGAUGUGGAAAUCACCUAAUGGUACAAUUAGAGACUACUUGAAUGGAACCAUUUUCAGAGAACCAAUUAUUAUCAAAAAUAUUCCGAGAAUAGUCCCCGGUUGGGUAUCUCCAAUAAUAGUGGGACGUCAUGGAUUUGGGGAUCAAUACAAAGCCACAGAUUUGAUAGUGAGUAAAGCAGGGAAACUUGAAUUAAAGUUUACUCCCAGAGAUGGGAGUGAUUCCACUAUAAUAGAUGUAUAUAAUUUUUCUGGCCCAGGAGUGGCAAUGUCAAUGUACAACACAAAUGAGAGUAUCCAAGGUUUUGCAAGAGCUUGCUUUAAUUAUGCAAUUAAUUUAAAGCUACCAUUAUAUUUAAGUACUAAAAAUACAAUAUUAAAACAAUAUGAUGGGAUUUUUAAGUCAAUCUUCGAGAAGAUAUAUUUAGAAGAAUUUAAAAAUCAAUUUGAUGAUAUGGGAUUGAAAUUUGAACACAGGUUAAUAGAUGAUAUGGUUGCAUUUGCUCUAAAAAGUAGUGGGGGAUUUAUUUGGGCAUGUAAGAAUUAUGAUGGUGAUGUUCAAAGUGAUAUUGUAGCACAAGGAUUUGGAUCACUAGGAUUAAUGACAUCAGUACUAUUAACUCCAGAUGGCAAUAUAGUAGAAACUGAAGCAGCUCAUGGCACAGUAACCCGACACUUUAGAGAGCAUGAGAAAGGCAAUAAAACUUCCACAAAUCCUGUUGCAUCUAUCUUUGCUUGGACAAGAGGUCUAUAUUACCGUGCCAAAUUUGAUAAUAAUUCUGAACUUAAGCAGUUUUGCGAAUAUUUGGAAAAAUCUUGCAUAGAAACUAUAAUUUCAGGAAUACUAACUAAGGAUUUAGCACUGUGUAAAAAUCCAAAAGCUAACAGGGAUGACUAUGUGAGCACUGAAGAAUUUAUUAGUGCCAUAAAGAGUAACCUUGAUACUAAAAUAUUUAGAUCCUGA